AUGGGCGAGCCUGAUUCACGGAGCAAAACUCCGGUACCUGCUGGUCUGUCAGUGCCACUGCUAUUACCCGUGAUAUACGCGCUCGGCUCCAAUGGAUCGGGACAAUUAGGCCUCGGACACACAGAGGACGUGGCUCGCGCGGAGAAAUGUCUCUUUCGACCACUUCAGAAAGACAUCCCUUCUCAUCCUAGCGGAAUAAGAUGCGAAGUGGGACUCAAGAAAAUCGUUGCGGGCGGGAAUCACUCAGUCCUCUUGAUGAAUGACAGCAGGGUAUUUGUGGCGGGUCACUUCCCCGGAAGCGAAGAAAAUUCGAGCGUCGAUUUUCUGGAGCGUGAGUUCAAGUUUGAUGAGCGGUAUGGUGGAGUCAUUACGGAUGUCGCAGCGACGUGGGAAGCGACGUUUGUCGUAGUUGAUCAGCGUGCUAUUUUUGGCUGUGGGAAAGGUGAAAAAGGGGAGUUGGGACUUGGCAUGGACGUGGUGCAGGCGGAGCAGAUGACGAGAGUAUUUGACGUUGACGAUCUGGAUCUUCGUCCAGGUGGAGGCGGGUGUAAGAUCAUCGCGAUUGCUGCGUCAAUGGCUCAUGUGGUUGUCCUCUUGUCGAAUGGACAAGUCUUGGGGUGGGGAAGUUGUCGCAAGGGACAGCUGGGUGAGGAGGUCAAGAAAGAGAAGGUCCUCUGGAAGCCAGCGAGGAUUGACGUGAGCAACGACGGUGUAAGGAUGCUUCCUUUUGCCCCGGACGGCGUUGCGUUGGGAAGGGAAUAUACUGUUUUCAUAAAGAGGGGUCAGAGGCCCGUGAUUUGGGGUGUGACGAAAUCAUUCAACGACGGAGAGUUGGAGCAGGUGGUACAUGAGGACGAUGUGCUUCUUUCAGGAUGGAGUUCAAUUCAUGUUCUCUCCGCCCCUACACAAAUUGGAUGUCUGGUGCGGAGUAUGGGCCGGAAUGAUCGCGGACAACUCGCCCCAAGCAAUCUCCCACCUAUCCAUGCACUGGCGGCGGGGAGUGAGCACUGCGUGGCACUCCACUCGGACAACCAAAUCAUAGCCUGGGGAUGGGGUGAGCACGGAAAUUGCGGCGAGGAGCUCGAUGCGAAGGGAAACGUGGUCGGACGAUGGAAUGUGAUUCCCCUGCCUCGUCUCCUUGAGGGCACGAGUGUCAAAUCCGUGGCGGCCGGGUGCGCUACGAGUUUCGUGGUCUGUCAGGGGGACGGGUGA